AUUCUUCUCUUCAUUGCUAACUCUCUUCUCUCAAUUUUCAAUCAAUUAAAAACCCAACCAUGGAAGGACCCUAUGUCGGAUUCUCUCAGCUUAAGUCCGGCCAUGGUGUGCAGCGUGUUGUGGGUCAAAAAAGGAGGCGAACUGAUGGGCGUUGACCUCCUCCUCAUAGAUGAAUCAGUAAGCAUUUCUUCCCUGACUCAAAUUUCAGACUCUGAAUAUCCCACUGCCCAAUCUACAUUGAUGCAAGGUUCGAUUCACCUCCACCACCUCUCAACAUUUGAGCCACUGCUACGUGAGGGAUCAAUGUAUGUUAUCACUGGGUUCGAAGUCACCAGGAGUAACCACCGAUUCAAGAUGACCGACUUCAACCUCCCCAUCCGCUUCAAUGAGAGGACUUCAUUGGUCCAAAUUCAAGAAUCUUUCUGCAACAUACCAACUGAGCUUUUCCGCUUCCGCUCUCAUCAAGAGCUUCUCUCCCUCGGAAACACCAACAGUGAGCUCCCAGACAUCAUCGGCCAAGUCUGCACAACAAAAGCAUAUCGCAAUGAAGCUACAAAAGCCUUGGAAAGUAUGUUGGUCCACCUCUGUCUCGAAAGGUACAGAUUGCUUUUGCGCCAACUAUUGAUUUGUCAAAUAUUUUCAUAUACCCAAACUUCUCCUCAUAACAUCAUCCUAUCCCCUGCAGCUGGUGAGAAAGUCCGGCUCAGUGCUUUUGAUGCACACGCAACCUCACUGAACCAGAUCUUUGGCACCAAAGAAGUUGGGACAUGUGUGGUGUUAGCCACUAAUAUUAAUCCGAAGUAUUUUGGAGGUGAGCUAUAUUUGAAUGCAACAGCCGCCACAAAAUUCUACUUUGACGAUGAGAUGGAGGCUACGAGAGGUUUCCUGCAAAGAGAUCGAGUGGAAUUGGUUAUGGACGAUGGUACUACCGGGUCAGUUUUUGUAGCUUUCGACAAAGACAUGGUGAAAUUGACAAAUAUUCAGGCUUCACAAAUUGCCACGGAACAGGAUGACACACAUCCAGACCCCGGAAAUAACAGCACCCUUCCACAGCAAAUCCUCGACAUUUCGGUUCAUGUAAACCUGGGAACCAAAAGCCAUGCCUCCACAACAGGGUCGUCAUCUAACAACAACGCCAACUCCACCCAUGCCCCAGCUAUGAAAGAGAGCAGCAACCAAUCCACCAACCUCUGGGAACGAUGCCACCAAGAACACAUCAACCAGUGUCAUCGACAACCUCAUCCGCAAGAAAGUGAAGCACAACUAGAGUCCUACAGUCCCUCCCCACUCCAAAUAACCCAUCAACGAUUGUUUACCCUCUCAAUUUCAUGCAUAUGA